AUGGGUGCCAGCUCCGCCAGCGCCAUCAACAUGAUGGAUACGAUGGAUGACCACGUUUACUGCAACUCGACAACGACCACGGUAGCCGCUCCGGUUACGGUGACUUCACCGAGUGCAGUCACUACCUCCACCACGACAACAACGGUGGCAGCCGGGUCACGCGAACUGCCGAAGCUGGCAAUCGUGGCACAGGAAUCGUGUAACAGCGACGAUCAAUACCAACAGUCGUCCCCGUCGCAGUAUUCGCCGUCACCAUCAUCACCGUUGCCAUCAUCACCCCAGCCGGCAUCACCGAGACCAUCCUCUCCGGUACCGUCGUCCUCAUCGGUUCCUUCCUCUCCAGCACCGUCCUCCCCGUUACCUUCGAUGGAGGAUGAAACGCUUAUGAUGGAAGACGAUGAAACCGAGCCGGAUGCAACGUAUGAGGAUGAACGCAAUGUGCAGCAUAACAAUGAGCAGGCAGCCGGUGAGAACGAGGCUGAGGCAGAGUUUGUGAAUGAUGUGUUCGAUUACGGGGCGCACAAUGGAAAUGACGCGCCACUGGUCAAUCCGGAUGAAAGUGAAUACGACGAGGAGGAAAGCGAAGAGGACGGUGACAAUGCGGAUGAUUACUAUCCUAACAAUGUUGCUUCGGACAGUGGAGUGUUGACGGACGAUCAGCAGGGAGAUGAUCCCGGCGAUGGCAACAAUGAUCCGGGAAUGGCUGAGACAUUGGUGGCGGUGAAGGAAGUUAAGCAGCUGCAAUCCAUCUUGCUGCUGCACCUCGAUCUCAUACAAGAACAAGGUGACCAGAUACUGAACAAGGACAAGAUGAUUAUCCGACUGAAGGACGAGAACGAGGUGCUGAAGCAUCAGCUCGAUAUGGCGAAUCGACGCGUUUCGUUGAUGAUGUUGCAGCUACAGCAGAACGGUCUGGCACUUCCGGUCGACGAGCAGCAGCCGAUGAUCCUGCAACCACCGAAGCAGGAAGGAACCGUUUCACCAUUGACGAUUCGGAGCCAGAUGGAAAAUGGACGGCUGAGAACGAUCAUCAUGAAAUCUUCCUCAUCGCCACCGUUCGUAUCGUCGAGUGUGGCAGACGGUGCGCUGUUCGGACCGUGUCUACCAAUUCGCAACCCGGAGGUUAGCAGCACCGUAUCCCCGGCAAAGGAAGAACUGCCGGACGAUAUAGUGCUGCAGGGUGAUGAGCUGCAGUCCCCCUACUACAAUGACGAGGACGAUAACGAUGGUGACGAUGAUGAGCAGGAAGAAGAGGAAGAGGACGAGGAUGUGGAAGAUGAUGAUGAAGAGGAGGAAGAAUUCCACACGGAAAACAAUGAAGUGGACGGGGAAAUCUUUCUAAACUAUUCCAAAUCGGACGAUGAUGAAUCUCUUUCGCCCCAAAUGAAUGAUGAUUUUGAUGAGCAGCAGGAUGAGGAAGAGGAGGACGAGGAUGAUUACAAUGAGCAACAGGAACAACAACAACAACAACAACAGUAUGUGCUGCUGCAGCAGCCUCAACAGGUGUACGAGAAUUACGACGGUUUGCAGCAGGCAGAAGUGAUGGACGAUGAGGAGGGUGGAUACGAGUCGAACGAAAUGGGGGAGGAAGAUGAUAAUCCGAUGCAGUACGUCAGCGACGAUCAGGGUGGUAACUACGACGACACUCCGAUGGUAAUGAUCGACGAUGGAGCGGUUGAGGUAAAGAUGGAAACGGACUCCCCGGCAUCGCAAGAAUCGUCCCAGGAUUCGCAAGAAUCGCAAGACUCCCAAGAUUCCCAAGGGUCGCAGGUGUACCAGGAACCACAGAACUCAUCCAUGCAGCAUGCGCCCCUGGGCAAUGGGCUGGAGGUGAACGUUCCCUUCGUCGAGAGUACGGUUGGUAGUGAGGGUGAGCAGCCGGAGGAUGAUGGUUGCAAGGUGGUUAAGGUGGAAGGUCCCGGAGGAAUGCCGGUAGAAGAUGGAGCCCAAUCCACGGAAGUAACGACCGGUGGCACACAGGACUCGUUGGAGCUGGAGUACGGGUGCACCAGUGAACCGACGGAGGGUAGCAGUGAAAAUGGCCGAGAAAAGCGUCACAAUCCCGGAGGUUCUCGCCAGCGGUUCAAUCCAACGUUGCACUGCCCUUCGGGCAACUCUUCAGAUGGCAGUGUGGCGGCUAAGCGUAACUGUAAACCGACCCCAUAUAUGGUCACUCAGAAGCAGUACAUCAGUUGCAGCUGGAAGGACGACGCGGUUACUGCCGAGCUUGAGAAGCUACAAUCGAACGAGGCGGCCGAACUAGAAAUACCGUCCUGGACGGUGAUCGAAGAUGACGACGAAGAGCCGGAGACCGAUCAUCCACCGGCCGGGGCGUCAGCUACCGGUGAGGAGGAACCAGUUUCGGCGAGUGAACCUUCGCGUGAGGACAUCAGCGACGGAGUGUACACCAAACGACACAUGAAGCUGGAGAUCGAUGAACGGCGCCGAAAGAAAUGGGACGUACAGCGGAUACGCGAGCAGAAAAACAUUGAGCGAUUGAAGAAGCGCCAGCUGAAGGAACAACCAACGGAACAGGAAGCGGCAAAAACGAUCACCACCCUCUACCCGACGGUGGACACGCUCAAGUCCAUCCAGGUUACGGAUGACGUACCGGUACAGGCGUUCGGUGAGCUUAUUCCGCUUCUUCCAACCAACGGUGGCUUUUCACUGCCGUGGAACCAACUAAAGGCGGGCCCUUCGUUUGCAAAUCCCCAAUCCUCCUGCUCCACCGGUUUGUUACAGCCUCAUCAUCAUCACCAUCAUCAUCAUACGCCAUCCCUGCCGGGGCCAUCCGGUACGAGCAGCAGUAUCGGGUUGUUGCUGGAGACGAAAACCAAAUUCAUUCAUCGGUUGGCUCCGAGCCUGCAGGCGCAAAAGCAGCGCUUCACCAAGCGAAUCAAGAAGGAACUUUAA